AUGGCGAUCGGACGUGCAUUCGUGGGUCUGGCAGCGAUCGCUGUCCUCGCAUCAGCGGCGCUCACGACGGCGACUGCUGAAGAGCCCAACGAAGAUUUCUUUACCGCGACGAUCCUGCCGCCGGGUGUGCUGCUCGUCGAAGACGAGUUCGGUUCCUCCGGUGGCGCCAACCCCGACACGAUCGUUGGCUCGCGCGGGUUCUUUGGCGAUAUCGAAUUCUACGACGACGACGCCAGCCCCUACGGCGACGGUCAUGCAUCGGCUCUUUAUGGCGUCCCCACCAACAGCGGGUCGAUCGACUUUGCGGUGACCGGCUACCCCGACGAGUUCUUCUUCGGCGGGCACAGCGAGUCGGGCAACUACGAGGCCUACGUCACGGUGUUCGAUUUCUUCGGCGAUGAAGUCGAUAACUUCACGAUCUCGGGCAUGCUCUUACCCGGCGCCGUCGAUGAUCAUAGCUUCAACGAUUUCGAGUGGCUGAACGGCUCUUACAAUGUUGAGAUCAACAACGCGCUCCAAGUCGGUGACGUCGACUUCUUUACCUACACCGGCCUGACUCCAGGCGAGGCGUUUACCGUUGAGACGCUCGACCCGACCGGCGCCGGCAUCGACACCGUGCUCGCUUGGUUCAACGAGUUCGGUAGUCAGAUCGCCUUCGACGACGACCAUGACUUGGACACCUCGUACGACGGUAGGCUCUCUCUGAUCGAGGGCGUUGUGCCGGAGGAUGGAAGGUUGACGUUCGGCGUAUCGGGCUAUCCUGACUACGACUUCGUCGGCGCCCACGACGAAUCCGCUAGCUAUGAGUUGCUCGUGACGAUUCCUGACGAAGGCCUCGCCGGCGACUUCAACGGCGACUUGGUCGUCGACGCCGCCGACUACACCGUUUGGCGCGACCAGGGUGGUACGCCCACCGAGUACGCCGAGUGGGCCGACAACUACGGCGCGACGGCCGCGAGCAACGCGGUUCCGGAGCCGUCAACGGCGUGCCUGGCGUUGGGUCUGGCGAUCGACCCGUUGAUGCCCAAACUCACUGAAGACUGGCUCGCCGUCGUGUUCGGCGGGCUACUACUGCUCAUCUCGUUUGGCGCUGUCCUUGCCGCGGGAGGCGACGCCGGCGUCUUGAAGCCCUGGCUCACGACACCCGGCGCUUGGGAAAUCUCGCCUCUCCCUGCGUUUGGCGUCAGAACGUUCGGCAUCGCGGGCGCCGCGGCUGUGUUGGCGAUCACGUUCGGCGCGGCGUCACGGCUGGCGGAUGGGACGCCGCUGCGACGCUUCCUUCCGGCGUUCGGCGCUGUCUUCCUGCUCGCGCUGGUCGCGUAUCUCGGCGAAGAGCAGAAGACCUUCAACUACUGGGGCCUCGCCUACCCGCUGUGGGCGAUCGUGCUGGGGCUGCUAAUCUCCAACACGAUCGGCCUGCCCGAUUGGGUGCGCCCCGCGGUGCGGACCGAGCUGUACAUGAAGGUCGGCCUCGUGCUGCUCGGCGCCGAGGUCUUGCUCGGCAAACUCUUGGCGCUGGGGCUGCCGGGCAUCGCGGUGGCGUGGAUCGUCACGCCCGUU